GCUAAUUACUUUGUGAAGCCUUUGGUGCUUAUUGGGGCCCUUCGUGUGCCAAUUAACUCUGAAAUGCAUUGGGAAAAAGAGAGGAAGGGUGAUAGUGUCACAGUAAGGCAUUAGUGAGCUGAGCUGGUGUUGGGAGAAACUUGUGGAGAUGUGGAACUGCUGAGGGGAGGUGGGAAGAAGGAAGAUCGGCUGGCUUCAGGAAGGGUCAGACAUUAGAUUGGCUCUGGUUACCCUGGGGGAAAUGGUGAUGUUACCUCACUGAAACCUCGGGAAGGGCCCCCAGCCAGGCAGCACCCUGCUCAGGGGUGUCACUGGGUGAAGGGGGCUGCUGGGAGGCACUUGGGCUACACAGCAUUCCUAAAGGAGUACAUCCCAACUCGAGUUUUGCAAUGAUGCUUCAUGAAUUGCUCUUUUACAGAUAUCUAGCAAGGAAGUUUUUCUAUCUGUGGGUAAAAAUGACAUUUGGACAAGUCCUCCCUUCCAAAGCCAGAUGCUUUUAUGAUCAGAAGAUUCUUCAAAGAACUUUUGGAGAGUGGAAGGAGCAGUGGACAGUUUGCAGAGAAAAGCAGCUCAGCCUCAGAGCAGACAACCAUUACAGGCAUUUACUCCUUAAUUUGAUAUUCAAGGCUUGGAGAGCCUAUGUAUGCCAACAGCAAGGAAAGAGGAACAAGUAUUGUGUUGCAGAGUCUCAUGCAAAGAAGCAAACUCUGCUCAGGACCUGGCAGCACUGGCUGGUUUAUGUUGGCGUUCAAAGGACGAAGCGUGGGAUGCAGUCUGUGGCACUGGCAUUCAGGGAAAAAAGCUCUUUGCGCAUUUCAUGGGCAGUGUGGAGAAGACAACAGUACCAGAAGUGCUCUGGACAUAAAAUGAAUAUUUUGGCUCUGCAGCAUUGGGCCCAGAGCCUGCAAUUUCGAGCUUGGUUGCAGUGGCGAGAGCUGUAUUUAUACAUCCAGGAUGAGAAGCAGAAGGACACCAGGGCAAUAACUCACCAUCAGCACCAGGAACUGAGGAGAUGUGUGGGAGCGUGGCUGGGAUACCUGAACCUCCACAGAGUAAAGAAACGCCAGAAUGAGCUGGCCCAAGAGUUUCACCGAAGGAGGAUGCUCUGGAGCUGCUUCUCUGAUUGGCAGCUGUUGUGGGAGUGCAGGAGAAGAAUGCGUGCUCACCAAAGGGACCUGGAAAAACAAGCUGCAAGGAUUGCCUUAUGGAGAGUCUUUGCACACUGGAAGCAUUAUGUUGUGCUGUGUGUGGAAGAGGCUCAGCAGUGUGAGCUGGCUGAAAAGCACUACAAGUGUCACCUGUUGGAACUUGGCCUUAAGGGUCUUCGGCAGAAUGUCCUGGACACUCGUGUGCAGCGAAUGAGAACAAAUCUGUCAUCCCGUCAGCAUCGAGUUACAGUGCUGCAGAAGUACUGGAACCGUUGGAAGUCCCGUUUGGAAGAGAAGGAGGAAGAACAGCAGCAGGCCUUAACAUCAGUGGCUCAUGCCCGUUACAGGAGGGUGUUGAUGAGGCGGGUGUUUGACACAUGGCUGCUGAAGGCCUGCAAGCUGCAAGAAUAUCGAAUGGGAGAGAAGAGGGCUGUCCUUCAUUUUGAAAGGCAGCUCUUGCGCUGCUUCUGGUGCUGCUGGCGUAGCAGAGCAGCUGCCCGGGCGCAGGAGCAGGAGGGCUUGGUUCGUGCAGGACAUCACUACAGUAACCAGCUGCUGCUAAAGACCUUCUCUCUGUGGAAACAGAAGACUCGGGAGAGAGAAACAGAGAGGCUCAAGGAGACAGAAGCUUUAAGAUUUCACUGCUCAAAGUGUCUGCAGCAGACUUGGAACAAGUGGAGAGAGUAUGUGGGACAUCAGCGUGAGAAGUGGAGGAAGUUGGUGCAAGCAGACCUGCACUAUCGACACGUGUUGCUGGGCAAGACCUUGGCAGCUUGGAAGAUUUACCAACAAAACACACAGUGCAUUCUGUAUCAAGUGGCUGAGAAGGAGAAGCAGCGCUCUCAACUGCUGCUGAGACAGGUGCUGUGUACAUGGAAACAAAAUGCCCUUGCUCUUAUACGUGAAUCUAAGGCAACUGCUCAGGCAGAUGAGCACUACAGGAGAGCAAUCCUGUCAAAGGUGCUGCUGCAGUGGAGAGACACUGCCUGGCUACGAGCGUGUCACCGCCGUCUGAAGGUGACAGCUGUGGUGGAGGCCAGAAAACAUUUGGAUUUAGUGCAUUUACAGAGCCUGUUUCUUCACUGGAAGGAAUUAGUGGAGGAGUCUCUGAUGCUGAGGGCUCAGCACCACAGGGCAGCACAGCACCACCAGCAGCACCUGCUGCAGAAGUACCUGGUGAAAUGGAAAAGUUAUCAUCAGCAGUGCCUUGGAAAAAAGCUGCUGCAGAGAAGGGGAGAUGAACUAAUGACUCAUAGACUUUGCUCUGCAUCCUUCUCUUGCUGGAAAACUCGGCUGUUGCAGCAGCAGUGGGAAAGGCAGAAGACAGUGCAAGCAUUGUGGCACUGGUCCCUUUCGGUGCAGAGAAAGGUAUUUGAUGCUUGGCUCAGGUUUGCCAAGGGGCAGCAGGAGAAGAAAGAUGGCAUUGAAAAAGUCCCAGGAGUUCACCGCACUUCAACUCCUUUGAGAGAAGGUGUAACCCAUGCCUUGAGAAGCACUGCUGGCAUCCAUCAGCUGCAGGGCCAGCUCCAUACCCAGCAGCAGCUGGAGGCAGCCUGCAGUCUUCACCAGUCAGUGUAUUGUUGUGCCACGCUGUGGCAACAGAAGGCUCUCUCCCAGAAAUUAAAGAAGCCUUUUUCUUUUUUGCCACCUUUGAAGCAGCAAGUGACAUUUAAAAGGCCUGAUGCUAGUCCUGAGGCAAGAGGACAUUCAUCAGAGGAAGAGCCAUGGCCUUUAAAAUACAGACAUCUACCACUUCACCCUGCUGAGGAGGGCUCAGCUCUCCGUGGCCUAAAUGCCAUUCAACGAGCCAGGUCACCACCACAGAAGCCUGACUUCCCUCUGGAAUCUUUUGAAAGCAAGGAACUGCUGGGACCUCCUUUUACUAGGUCAGAGGUGCCCUUUCAGCAAACAUCUGUGAAUAAAUGUCAUGCACACGCUGGGAACUUAAUGCUGACACCUCACGUGGAAGAAAGUACCUGGAGAUGUCUAUCCCAGAUGGGCAAUGCUGCUCAUCCCCAUCCCUCUCUCGCUUGUGCUUCCCUCCCCCUGUGGACACAGGACAUGCACCGUGCUGGGCAGGGGCCAGAGCUGUGGUCUCCUGCAUCUUUCAUGCCCCAGAUGAAAGCUGGCUCAGAAGAGAGAGGAGGUCAGCCUGUGAAUGGUCACAGAGGAGCCCAUUCCCAAGACUCUCAACAGAAUUCUGUGGAGAAGAAGUUGCAGCCAUGUUUGCUGUCACCUGAAGACUUGGUGGGAAAAGGGAGUCACCAGACUGCAGCUGAAGGGAAAAAGAGGGAGCACAGUUCCAGAGAAGAAAUGAUGUUGGAGAGAAAGUUGGAAGUGGAACUCCAACACAUCCAGCAGCAGAUGCAGUACUACUACAGCAGGAAGCAGGAACUCAAGUGCUGUCAGCAGCAGGCGCAGAUUCUGCAGCAGUGGCUGGAGAUGAGCACGCAACCGGGAGCCCAAGGUGGUGUGCAAGGAGUUCAGGAAGAAUUGGGUCAGUUGCAGGUGAGGAUCAGCACUCUCACCAAAGCACAGCUGGCCGAGAGACGCCACGUGCAGGCGCUGCUUGCCCGCCUGCGAGAUAUCCAGCUUGCCCUGGAGCUGUAGUGCAUCUGCCAGCUUCUCAGUUUGGGGGUAGGACUUUUUGCCUCUUCCAUAGCAGGGGAUGAUGGAAGAGAUGCAUCCAUUCACUUACUUCUAUGUAUGGCAUUUAUAUUUGAUAAAUUCAUUUAAAAUAAUUCUGCUUUUGUUAGUGUUACUCUUGCUGAUCAAAACCAAACUGGGGGCUACAUCUACCUCAGGCUGCACUUUGCA